CGCGCAUCACCAGAGAGAGAAGGAGAGAUAGUGUGAGUGAGUGUUUGUGUGCAUGCGAUAGAGAGACAGAGAGUUAACCGCUGUCAAAGCCGAUUACUCUCCACCGGGUCUGUGAUUCUGUCACUGUGUCCACUUGAGGGCUCUCCCCUUUGUGAACGACACGCCUCUCGCUUCCUUCCUGCUUGUUUUCUUUUUUAUACAUAUAUAAAAGCGUGCUUUUUGACGAGCAGCAUGGAUUUAUCCUAGUGUUUGUGGGACUCGGACUUCUGUACUAUGAGUUCUUCAGCAGAAGCGCUCCAGUCAGCGGGGCAACUUUUUGGUGCGCCACGGCGCCUCUGAGCCGCGCAUCUCUGGGUGGGAGGGUUCACACGCAACCCCCGGCGAACAUGAGCUGUGAGAGCUCGCGGUGAAAGCUUCGCUUGUCCCACUUUCUUCUUCUCUUCCAAAACCGUACGACAAAAAUGCAGAAGAGCUUCCGCUACAACGAAGGGCACGCGCUCUAUCUGUCGGAGUACGCGCGUAAAGAGGGGACUAAGCGCGGCUACCUGAGCAAGAAGACCGCGGAGAGCAGCCGAUGGCACGAGAAGUUCUUUGCCCUCUACCAGAAUAUACUGUUCUACUUCGAGAACGAGCAGAGCACGAGACCUGCCGGGAUUUACCUGUUGGAAAGAUGCACCUGCGAGCGCGCGCCGGCGCCCAAGAUGUCCACUACUGGGAAGGAAGCGCUGGAGAAACAGCACUACUUCCUCAUCAUGUUUGGUCACGAUGGACAGAAGCCUCUGGAGCUGCGGACAGAGGAGGAGAGUGACUGCGAUGAAUGGGUGGAGGCCAUCCAGCAGGCGAGUUACUCUGACAUCAUCAUUGAACGAGAGGUGUAUCGGCAGAAGUACAUCCACCUGGGACAGAUAGUGGAGACUGAGAAGGUGGCAGGCAAUCAGCUGCGGACCCAGCUGGAAGAUCAAAAUACAGAAAUUGAGAGGCUCAAAGCAGAGAUUAUAGCUCUGAACAAAACUAAGGAGCGAAUGCGGCCUUACCAUGUCAACCAUGAAAAUGAAGACCCGGAUAUCAAAAAGAUUAAAAAGGUGCAGAGUUUCAUGCGGGGCUGGCUCUGUCGAAGGAAGUGGAAGAUCAUUGUUCAGGACUACAUCUGCUCUCCUCACGCUGAGAGCAUGAGGAAGAGGAACCAGAUCGUCUUCAACAUGGUGGAGGCAGAGACAGAGUAUGUCCACCAGCUCUACAUCCUGGUCAACUGUUUCCUCAGACCUCUGAGGAUGGCCGCCAGCUCCAAGAAACCCCCCAUUAGCCAUGAUGAUGUCAGCACCAUCUUCCUUAACAGUGAGACCAUCAUGUUCCUACAUGAGAUUUUCCAUCAAGGCUUGAAGGCGAGGAUAGCCAACUGGCCAACUCUGGUGCUGGCUGACCUGUUUGACAUCCUGCUGCCCAUGCUGAACAUCUAUCAGGAGUUUGUGCGUAACCAUCAGUACAGCCUGCAGGUUCUGGCCAACUGUAAGCAGAACAGAGACUUCGACAAGCUGCUGAAACAGUACGAGUCUAACGCCGCCUGUGAGGGAAGGAUGCUUGAGACUUUCCUCACAUACCCCAUGUUCCAGAUUCCUCGCUACAUCAUCACCUUGCAUGAGUUAUUGGCACACACGCCUCAUGAGCACGUGGAGCGCAAGAGUCUUGAAUUCGCCAAGUCCAAAUUAGAAGAGUUGUCCAGAGUAAUGCACGACGAGGUGAGUGACACGGAGAACAUCAGGAAGAACCUGGCCAUAGAGAGGAUGAUAGUGGAGGGCUGUGACAUCCUGUUGGACACCAGCCAGACCUUUGUCAGGCAGGGCUCUCUGAUCCAGCUGCCAUCGGUGGAGCGGGGGAAGCUGAGUAAGGUCCGGCUGGGCUCUCUCUCUCUAAAAAAGGAAGGGGAGCGGCAGUGCUUCCUCUUCACCAAACACUUUCUCGUCUGCACACGCAGCUCUGGAGGAAAACUGCACCUCCUCAAGCAAGGUGGAGUUUUGUCCCUGAUUGACUGCACACUCAUAGAGGAACCAGAUGCCAGCGACGAUGAGUCUAAAUCUGGUGGUCAGGUGUUUGGUCAGCUGGACUUUAAGCUGGUAGUGGAGCCAGCAGACACACCUUCGUUCACCGUGGUGUUACUGGCACCAUCGCGGCAGGAGAAGGCGGCAUGGACCAGUGAUAUUAGCCAGUGUAUAGAUAAUAUCCGCUGUAAUGGCUUGAUGACCAGUGUGUUUGAGGAGAACUCUAAAGUCACCGUGCCUCAUAUGAUCAAAUCCGAUGUGCGUCUCCAUAAAGAUGAUGUUGACAUUUGCUUCAGCAAGACGCUCAACUCCUGCAAGGUCCCCCAGAUCCGCUACGCCAGCGUGGAGCGGCUGCUGGAGAGGCUGACCGACCUGCGCUUCCUCUCCAUAGACUUCCUCAACACCUUCCUGCACACGUACAGGAUUUUCACCACAGCAACGGUGGUCAUGGAUAAACUGGCCGACAUCUACAAGAAGCCCUUCUCCUCCAUACCUAUCAGGGUGCGGUACCACUCAUUUGAUCGUCUGUCCAUCUCAUCCAUCUGUCCCGACUACAGUCUGAAGAUCAAGAAGAUAGCCAUGGAUCAACCCAAGUCCUUGGAGCUGUUCUUUGCCACCAACCAGAACAACAGAGGUGGUGAGCACAUAAACGACAAAUCUCCUCGUCUCUGCCGCAAGUUCUCCUCUCCACCUCCUCUGUCCAUCCCAUCCCGCACCUCCUCCCCUGUCCAAACACGAAAGCUUUCCCUCCACUCACCCAUCACUGCCAGGGUAGGAGGCCUCGACCUCACCAGUCCUCUGUCCAACUCCAGCCUCAACCACAACACCUCCCAGUCUGCAGCCAGUAGCCCCACAUCUGCCUACACUCCCCAAACUCCGACACCUCAGACCCCGACUCCGACCGCCACCUCUCCUCCUCCUCCGUCAUCCACCUCUCCUCCACCCAACAACAAUAAGCCACUGCAGGAACAAGUUCCUCCCAUCCCCUCAUCUCCGGACCAGAGUCCCUGCUCGUCAGCAGAGGGGGAGGAGAUGCCCAAGAUCGAUCCCUUCUGUGGCAAACUGAGACGGAGCAUCCGCAGAGCUGUGCUGGAGUCGGUGUCACUGGAGAAAAUUAUCCCCGAGUCUCCUCAGAGCAGUGAAGCAGGAGACAUGUCUCCAAGUCGCUCUCCUUCCACACCUCGACACCUCCGCUACAGACAGCCUGGAGUCCAGUCAGGGGAGAACUCACGCUGCUCAGUCUCUCCUGCCUCAGCCUUCGCUAUUGCCACCGCAGCAGCAGGACAUGGUUCGCCACCAGUGUUCACUAACUCUGAAAGAACUUGUGAUAAAGAGUUCAUCAUCCGCCGAGCUGCAACUAACAGAGUCCUCAACGUGCUGCGGCACUGGGUUUCCAAACACUCACAGGACUUUGAGAUGAACGGGGAGCUGAAGAUGGCAGUGAUUUGUCUCCUGGAGGAGGUGCUCAGAGAUCCGGACCUCCUGCCACAGGAGCGAAAAGCUACUGCCAACAUACUAAGUCUGUUCUAUUCUACUCUGUCUCCUAGUGCCCUUUCUCAAGACGAGCAGGACGAUGCCCAGCUGAGGAUCGAGGACAUCUUGCAGAUGGCGGACUGUCCGAAGGCAGAGUGUUUCGAGUCUCUCUCAGCGAUGGAGCUGGCCGAGCAGAUCACUCUGCUGGAUCACAUCGUCUUCAGGAGCAUUCCUUACGAAGAGUUCCUGGGGCAGGGCUGGAUGAAGGUUGAUAAAACAGAGAGGACACCAUACAUCAUGAAAACUACUCAACACUUCAAUGAUAUGAGUAACCUGGUGGCAUCACAGAUUAUGACCCACACUGACGUUGGCUCCAGGGCCAACUCCAUAGAGAAGUGGGUUGCUGUGGCUGACAUCUGCCGCUGUCUCAACAACUACAACGGAGUACUGGAGAUCAUAUCUGCGCUCAAUCGCAGUGCCAUCUACCGUUUGAAGAAGACUUGGGCUAAAGUCAGCAAACAGACUAAAGCCCUGAUGGACAAACUGCAGAAGAUUGUGUCCUCUGAGGGACGCUUUAAAAAUCUGAGGGAGACCCUGAAAAACUGCAAUCCUCCAUGUGUGCCAUACCUGGGAAUGUAUCUAACAGACUUGGCCUUUAUUGAGGAGGGAACGCCCAAUUUUACUGAGGAAGGUCUUGUUAACUUCUCCAAAAUGAGGAUGAUAUCCCACAUCAUCAGAGAGAUCCGACAGUUCCAGCAGACUCCGUACAGAAUAGAGCAUCAAGCCAAGGUGACCCAGUACCUUCUGGAUAAGACUCUCAUCAUGGAUGAAGAGACGCUCUAUGAUCUCUCGCUGAAGAUCGAGCCCAGGCUUCCUGCCUGAGUUCCAGCUGUUUGUGGCCAGUGGGAGCCUGCCAAACCUGGACCCCCAAGGGCAACACGCCCACAUAAUCUCAUCAAUCAAGAGGAAAUCGGGAAGUUUUGAGAGCGACAUGGAGACGAAUAUGAGAGCGAUGCUGACUGAAGUGAGCGAUAUGUUUAGAGUCAAGUAUGAGGACAGUUGAACGAGCUUUUGCAAGAGACUCAGAGAGCAUGAGAAGAGGACAGGUUGAGAAGGAGUUGGACUGAUUGUCUUCAAGGAGAACAAGAGGAGAGGGUUUUGGUUGCAUCGGGUUUUGAGGAAAUGACAUGUCGCUGUUUGCGCUCAUCAUUCCUCGGUGGAGAGUGUGGUGCGCAUGACAUCACACUUCCUUAGACAGCCCGAGAGUGCAGGAAAGGCUGAGAGCAUGGAGCAAGAUACAGUGGAUGUAACAGAGAUGUAGCAUAUACAGAUAGUGUGACAGAGAGAGAUGUCUGAGCUUGUGUCUCUGUGCUGUUGUCUGUGUUCUGUUGCCUGUGCAUUUCCGUGCCAUGUCCUGGAGCAAAGAGCCCCAAAAAAACGCUUUCAUGAUGGUCACUGCAUAAAACUUGCAUGAUUUCAGCUUGGGAUGUAACUGUCUAAAUGGCCUUCAACCUGACCCCUGACCCUCAGCUUAGCAUGCUUCACUCGCACCGGGGUGACUCUCUAAGCCACUAUGCAUCCUCAGUGGGCUGGGUACGGCAAAUAUGCCUUUAAGCCUUCAGAUAUAAUAUAGAAAGAUACUAAAAUAAAGAUAAUUUAAAGUGGAAAUUUGGUAUAUUUUAAUAAAGUGGCUGAUUUUUACAUUGAUAAAAACUGAAAUAUGUAUUUAGUCUUUGCUUAAAGACGUCCCAUGAGAAUGGAAAGCUUUCUAAAAAAAAUGUCCGCAUGAAUGAUACAAAAUUAAAAACUUUAUCAGUGCCUUCCAUUAGUCAAUUUCCCCCCAAAUUGCCACUUUACAAGAGUAAAGUUUUAUAUAAAUCCUGCUUAGAAAUCUUAAGAUUCCUUUAAAAAAAAAAUUGGACUGUAGUUUCACUCAUUCAACUUCUUUUUAUCAGAAAAUAGGUCAUGUAGACUCAACAGUAGCAUGUUAGUGUGAACACAGUAAAGUCAUUGCAGCAAAUAUCUCCCUCUAGUGUUUAAACAUUGUUAUAACCUCUACUGACCCAAAGCUUUUGCAGCGUUUGUGUGCAGUUUGUUUGGCUUUUACAAAUUGUCAGAUACUGACGUGUGUAGUCAGGUCCCAGUGUGUAACUCUUGGAUGUAGGCUGGGACAGUUUUUGCACUCUCUGAGAUGUAGCUUCGCUUGAGUGACAGUAUGAUCGUUAUUUAUCAUGCUACUUAUUUCAUCAGAUACUGUAUUUAUGUUUGUAUAUAGUGACUCCACACAUAUCACAUGAUUGAUGAAGAAAUACUUUGAAUUGUUACGCUGUGAAUAUUGAUUUUUUUUUUUUAUUUGUCUCUUGCAUUUAUGUUGAAUUCUAGUUUUGCAUCCCUUGUAUUGCGAGAAAUCUGUAUAACUUUAUUCAAAAGAACAAAAGAAAAAAAAGAUGUAUUUUGAAGGUUAAAAAAAUGUAGCAUUUGAAUAAUCAAAAUUUGUUUUCUGUAUUGCUGGUAUGAUGAAACCUAGUUGUCCUGCAUGCACACAACAGCUGCAUGUUGUGCAUGUCUGACUGGACGCUCCCUGUGCGUUCUCCCUCUGCUUCUCUAUAUUUAUAUUGUCUCUGUAGCUGUCGGGAGGCUCUCUUAAAAGGCAUAGAAACAAUAUUUUGUCCAUCUAAUCUGGCACAUUUGUCUCAUAGUGUAGCUCAUAAUGUCCAGCAUAGUCUUUAGGCUAUGUCAUCUGCAAAACAGCCUGUUGUUAUGAAGUAGCAGUGUUGGAAGUUUUGCAGGCCAACUUUCCUCAUAAAACAAUAACCUUGUUCCAGAUUGAUUAGAGGAAAUGUUUUCAGGCUUUGCUUUUGGAAAAACGUGUCCUUCGCACUGCGUCUGUAAUUUUGAGUAUCUGUUUCACACACAGGUUUGGGAAGACAGGAUGCUAUGUUUGUAUUGUAAUAUCAUUUUUGUGUAUUUGUCUGCAUUUUUCACUUGUAGGUCCAGGGGAAAUAAAUUCAACAUGCCUUAUGUGUC